UGCGCGUGCGUAGCUUUUAUCAACAUGGCGACCUUCAGGACAGCAGUAACACGGAUAUCAUGGAAAGGUGUGCAUUUUGCUCCUGUACGAUCCCUUCUGACCCACAGUGCCCAGUGUCCCGGGCUAUUAGCUGCUCACAGGAGGCCCUUGUACGUUUCCCCUGCCUCCUCCAUGUGCAGCUCCUCCAGACCGGUACAGCAGAGCCCCCCUCCAAAACAGGACCCAAAAGUCACAGAGGACGAAGAGGAGGAGGGGCCCGAGUACAUCCCCAAAAGAAAAGCCAAAAAUCCAAUGAUGAAAAUUGGAUAUGCCUGGAUGAUCGGCCUCCCAACGGGAAUCCUCACCUUCAUUUUGGCCAAGAGACAAGUUGACAAGAACAGACUGAAGCAGCUGAAAAUCCGCCAGAGGAUGAGGCAGUCAAAUGAAGGCGAGUUUGAUGGGAGCCGAUACCAGCAGCACACUGGAAGUUAAAAUGGACAAAAGGAGGACUACAUGUAUAAUGUAAAUACUGUGCAUAGUUAAUACAAUCUAAAAUAAAGUAUCCAU